GGUCGCGUCGCUCGGCCUGUGAGUCGCGCGCAGAGCCGCAGUGAACAGAGCGCCGGUGUCCGCCAUGUGGACAAAUCCAGCACAACACAAGCCUCCUAAAUUAGAUUAUUGGAUUGACUGCAUCAGAUUAUAAACCCUCCAACUUCUCCGAUGGCUCAUGACAAAAACACACCAAUCUGAUCAUAUUUUCGAGCGGAGUUUGGGGGAUUUAAAGCCUGGCAGCCAUGCUGACCAGCUUCGUCGAAGGCCUUCUCUGCUGCCUGACCUCGAAAUCGGCCAACGUGGUGGUCCCUGUAGAAACUUCGGAACCUGCCGAUGGCUACGAGUUUGUGGAGGUGAAACCGGGCCGAGUUCUGCGGGUUCGACACAUCAUCCCCGACCGGCCGGUGGUUGAGGAACCCAACGGGCAGGGAGGCAACGUCAGCUGCAAACGAAAGAUCACAGUGUAUCGUAACGGUCAGCUCUUCAUAGAGAACUUGGGCGACAGAGCGAGCGGAGAACUGAGAAGCUGUAAUAACGGAGAAACAGAACCCAACAGCACCGUAGAAGUGGAACUGACGGACUGUGGGAAGUCCUCGCCGCCCGUCUGCAUCCCUGAGGCCAGGUCCGACUCCAUUUCAGCAGCUAAAGACGUGUCCAGUGAAACGGGCCCAGGAGACGCAACGGGCACCGAACAAACUGACCAAUCGCAAGCACCGAAGAGGCGCCGGCGGAAACCCAAACGCACUGUUGUGAUCGACUGUGAGAGGAGGAUAACGGCCUGUAAAGGGACGCAUCCGGACGUGGCCCUGUUCUUCAUCCAUGGUGUGGGGGGGUCGCUGGACAUCUGGGGCAGCCAGUUGGACUUCUUUUCCCGCCUCGGUUAUGAGGUGAUCGCCCCGGACCUGGCAGGUCAUGGAGCCAGUUCAGCCCCUAAGAUCGCUGCAGCAUACACCUUCUAUGCCCUGGCUGAGGAUAUGCGAAUUAUCUUUAAGAGAUACGCACGCAAGAGGAAUAUUCUCAUAGGACAUUCUUACGGAGUUUCCUUCUGUACGUUCCUGGCCCACGAGUACCCAGACCAGAUCCAUAAGAUGGUGAUGAUCAAUGGAGGAGGUCCCACAGCUCUGGAGCCAAGCCUCUGCUCCAUCUUCAACCUGCCCACAUGUGUACUUCACUGCCUGUCCCCACUGCUGUCCUGGAGCUUUCUAAAGGCUGGUUUUGCUCGACAGGGUGCAAAGGAAAAGCAGCUGCUGAAAGAGAACAACGCCUUCAACGUGUCGUCAUUUGUCCUUCGUGCCAUGAUGAGUGGACAGUACUGGCCCGAGGGCGACGAGGUUUACCACGCCGAGCUCACAGUGCCCAUCCUGCUCGUCCACGGCAUGCACGACAAGUUUGUCCCUGUGGAAGAGGACCAGCGCAUGGCAGAGAUCCUCCUCAUGGCGUUUCUGAAGGUCCUGGAGGACGGAAGUCACAUGAUCAUGAUGGAGUGUCCCGACACCGUCAACACGCUCUUGCAUGAGUUUCUUCUGUGGGAACCCGCCACCCUGUCGCCGCCAAAGAAAGAGUCCAAAACCCGUCCAGAAACUGCCAAAGCCUCUUCGGACAACACCAAGGCUUUACCGGAGCCCGCCAAGGUCCGACCCGCCACCGCCAGGCAGAACUCAUCGAACGGCAGCGACGAGGCGAAGUCCAACAGCAAAGCCAAAAAAUGACGGGAGGUAAAAGCUGAGUGGGAUUAAAGCGGAUGCGUCCAGUUGUUUUACAAACCUGUGCGUCGGGAACUCUUCAGAAUGAGCCCGGAUCGCCAGUGUCUUGUAACUGGUCCGUUAAAGAAAA